AUGAGCACACUUAGCAACCCCGAUUCGAUCAACCACAAGCAGGGUACCUUCAAGCCCUCUGUGGCACCCGAAGGACCUAUGACAAACAAGAGUUACCAACCCGGCCGCAAAGUCAACGAGGCUGACCAGCGCCCCGAAUUCCACAUGGAACAUCUCCCUCCGGGCACCGCACCCGCGAGCAACUCCUACUCUGCCAACACGGUGAACAAAGUUGGCAGUCAAGCCAACAACCCCGAUGUCCUCCGUGCACACGGCAAGGAAGCCGUUCACACACCCGCCGCAAAUACCUUGAGGGGAGCAACUUCCGCCGAUGUACACACCGGGUUUGGCAAGCCCCUCGUGGGUCAGACCGGCGUUGAACUCGCCCAUGACGGUGCCCAUGGCCGAAAGAAGCAGCGUGGUGGUCUGGAGGGUGUUGGCACUUCCAUAGAAGAUAAAAGUGGCGAAUGCAAGCUCCCUGACAAGCGUGGCAAUGAGAGAGAACAUCAUCUAAGUCGCCUUCGUGGGAACAAGGAAGAUCGCUCUGCGGCGGAUGUGCGGCCAGAGCCUGCUGAGACUCUGGAUGCCGAGUGGAAGUAUGAGCCUGGCACCAAGCGGUGA